CCGCCAGGGCCAAUCAGGUGGGCGCUGCGCACGGGAGGGAGAGCACUGGUUCAGCCCCGUUGUUCGGGAGUCCGAGGCGGCGGGGAGGUUGGUGAUAAUGUAAUCCAAGCCGCGGAGUUACAAAAAUAACAAGGAUACCAAGUGUCGAUCUCUACAAGGCGUGAGUGAACCUUUCAGCUGGCUCUUCAUCUGAACGGCACGGGCGCCAGAGAGAGGCUGACUGACACUCAGGAGAGCAUGUCUGCGAUACCAGCCGCGCCGCAGGGCGCUCAGCCUGCCACCGCAGCGGCCACCGCCGCCAGCCAGAGUGUCAACCCGUCUCCCCCCGAGACAUCCAGCCCUGUCAAGCCAGGCCGGCUCACCAAUCAGCUGCAGUACCUGCAGAAGGUGGUCAUGAAGGCCUUGUGGAAGCAUCAGUUUGCCUGGCCCUUCCAUCAUCCCGUCGAUGCUGCCAAGCUCAACCUGCCGGAUUACUACAACAUUAUCAAGAACCCGAUGGACAUGGGAACCAUCAAGAAGAGACUGGAGUCAAACUUUUACUUCACAGCUGUGGAGUGCAUCCAGGACUUCAGCACCAUGUUCACAAACUGCUACAUCUACAAUCGGCCCAACGACGACAUCGUGCUCAUGGCGCAGACGCUGGAGAAGUUCUUCCUGCAGAAGGUGGCCGAGAUGCCCGUGGAGGAGAUAGAGCUGGCGCAGCCCGUGCCACGCGGGCCCAGAGGCCGGGGUCGCAAGUCGACAGCCGCCAUGUCGCCGGGCGGGCUAGGCCAGCAGCAGGCGGUGCCGGCGGGCGGAGUGGCGGGGACGCGGUUGCCGGGCCAGACAACGCCCCAGCGGCCUCCCAGGGCAGCCGCACUGGCGGCAGCGGCAGCCAGCGCUCAGCAAGUCUCCAACGCAGACUCGCCCCCGUCUGGAUACUCUCCCCCUCAUGUGGUGCAGCGCUCGACGCCGGCCCGUCCCGUCGCUCCCCCCACCCCCGCCAUCCCACCGGCCGCCACCCCGCCGCGCCAGCCCGCCCCUCCGCGGCAGCCGGCUCCUCCGCGGCAGCCGGCCACGCCGCGGCAAGCGAUCGCCCCGCCGCUCGCCCCCCCUCCUCCUCCUCGGCAGGUCGCGCCCCCUCCUCGGCAGCCCGCGCCGCCGAGGCCGGCCACGCCGCCACGGCAGCAGGUGCCCCCGAGGCAACUGGCGCCGCUGCGCCAGCCCGCCCCGGGGGUGGCCCGUCAACCGGCGCCGCCGAGGCAACCGGGCCCGCCAAGGCAGGCUGCGCCGAUCCGGCAAGCCGCGCCGAUCCGUCAGCCUGCUCCGGGACCCCGGCAACCUGUGCCGCCCCGACAAGGCGUCCCACCAAUAAGGCAUCCAGCCCCGCUGAUACAGACUCAUCCCAACUUCCAGCCUGUUCAGCAGCAGCAGCACCAGCCGGCCGGACCGAGGGGCCCCAGUGUGCCUGCCGGCGUGGGCAGCGCCGUGGUGGCGAGCGCCGUGUCCAGUCAGCCGGCCUCGCAGACGCAGCUCAUGUCGCAGCCCAUGGUGUCGCUCACGCCGCUCAAUAUCCAAGCCUUGCCGCAGCCGGUGCCGUCUGUCGCCACACCGCCAGCGACCAAGGCGCAGCGCAAAGGCGUCAAGAGGAAAGCAGACACCACCACGCCGGUGCCCUUGGCACUGGCAGACAGCGAAGAGCCCACGCCGCCCAGGGUGCUGGCUCGACGCGAGAGCGCGCGCCCCGCCAAGACGCUGCCCAAAGACCUCCCCGACUCGCAACAGGUGCAGCAGCAGCAGCCGCAGCCGCCUCCUCCCCAGCAGGUGGUUGCGGUGCAGCAGCAGCAGCAGGCGGCUUCCACGAAAACCAUGACAAUGACCACCACCACGCCAACAGCGACGGUGGCCUCCCCCGCCAACGCGACGCCGCAGCAGACGCCGCAGCAGCCGGGGCCCGGCAGACGCGUGCGGCAGAUGUCGGAACAGCUCAAGCACUGCAGCUCCAUCAUCAAGGAAAUGCUUGCGAAAAAGCAUGCGGCAUACGCGUGGCCCUUUUACAAGCCGGUCGACGCUGAGUCCCUCGGUCUUCACGACUACCACGACAUUAUCAAGCACCCCAUGGACCUGAGCACCGUUAAGGUGAAGCUGGACAAUCGGGAAUACGCCGCGGCCCACGAGUUUGCAGACGACAUGAGGCUCAUGUUCUCCAACUGCUACAAGUACAACCCCCCUGACCACGAGGUGGUGGCUAUGGCGCGCAAGCUGCAGGACGUGUUUGAGAUGCGCUUCGCUAAGAUGCCCGAUGAGCCGGUGGUGGUCGCCCAGCCUCCUCCUCCUGCUGCUCCUGCUCCUGCUACUGCUCCUGCUGCUGCCCCUGCUGCUGCCCCUGCUGCUGCUCCUGUUGCUGCUCCUGCUGCUCCUGCACCUGUGGCACCCGCCGCCGCAACUGCCGCCCCCACGGCCGCCCCUCCGCCGCCGCCUGCUCCCGAGGUCGUGGUGCCCUCGUCCAGCGAGAGCAGCAGCCCCAGCACCUCGGAGAGCGACAGCUCGGACGAGUCCGAGAAGGAGAGAGCCAAUCGGCUCGCCGAGCUGCAGGAGCAGCUGAAGGCACUGCACGAGCAGCUGGCCUCGCUGUCCCAGGCGCCCAUCUCCAAGCCCAAGAAGAAGAAAGAGAAGAAGAAGAAAGAGAAGGAUCGCGAGCGCACGGAGAAACCCCGCAGGAAGGAGGAGGGCGCUGAAGAGGACGACAAGAAGCUUAAGCUGCAGAAGAACAAACCCCUGGGUCAGCCCAAGAAGCCAGUGGCAAAGCCCAACAGCAACAGUGGCAAGCCUCCAAAGAAGCUCAAGUCUGGCGCUCUGCAGUUUGAAUCCGAGGAGGAGGCGCCCCUGAGCGAAGAUGCCGGCGGCGGCGUCGGCAGCGGCGUCAUCAGCGGCGGCGUCAUCGGCGCCGUCGCCGCCAUUGGCGUCGGCGGCGUGGAGGACUCGCGGCCCAUGACCUACGACGAGAAGCGGCAGCUGAGCCUGGACAUCAACAAGCUGCCGGGCGACAAGCUGGGCCGCGUGGUGCACAUCAUCCAGGCGCGCGAGCCCUCACUGCGCGAGUCCAACCCGGACGAGAUCGAGAUCGACUUCGAGACGCUGAAGCCGUCGACGCUGCGCGAGCUCGAGAGAUACGUCGUGUCGUGCCUGCGCAAGAAGCAGCCCAAGCCCUUCUCAAAAAAACGUAAGCGGAGAGAUUCCGAUGACAAGAAGGAUGCAGACAAGAGGUUAUUGGACCCCAGUGGGCACUUCAUGAAAAAACCCAAAAAAGAGCGGAGGGACCCCAGCUUGGAGGGAGUCGGCGCCCCUCGGCUCAGCGGCAGUUCGAGCAGCUCGUCGGGCUCGGAGAGCAGCAGCGAGAGCACCAGCUCGUCGGAGAGCGACUCCGAGACAGGUCACUGCGACGGCCUCACUCGCAGCGGAAUGACGUUUCUCCUCCGAGAAAUGACUGCCAAGGUAAUGCCGGCCAUCCAGGCAGGUGGCGUCGACCUGGAUAUGUUGCAGGUGAACCACAUGGCCGAUUUGAAGGCGUGCGAUCCAUCACCCGAGGCGGCUCCCCAGAUGCAGUCGCUGCUGCCCAACGUGUGCUGCCUGGAGGGGCUUUCCAGCUUCAGCAAGUCGGUCAUCCAGCAGCCGCUGCCAUCGCCGCUCGCUGACGCCAUGCCCUCGGGUUUUCCUGGGGUGCUGUCACACCAGCCGGAGGCCGAUGCUCCGAUGACCAUGAAGCAACAUCUGCAGCAGCAGCAGCAGCAGCAGCAGCAACAGCAGCAGCAACAACAGCAGCAGCAACAACAACAGCAGCAGCAGAAAGUAUAUGGGCAGUCGCUGUCACAACCUUCAGAACAGCAGCUCCUUUCGCCGGGCAACAUCAUCCAGCCCACACAGCUUUUCCCGCACUCACUGUUGCAGCAGCAGCAGCAGCAGAUGCAGCAGCAGCAGCCUCCGCAAAUGCAGCCGCAGCAGCAGUUCAUGUUCCCCACCUUUGCUUCGUUGCCACAUCACCACAUGCAGAACUCUUCUCAGCAGCAGCAACAGCAGCAGCAGCAGCAGGCGAGAGUGCAAGCGAUGAUGCAGGAGAUGUCGUUCCACGCUCAGAGCCACGCUCACCACGGCUUCCACCAGUCCAUGCCGUCACCGCACCAGACCCCUCUGCAGUCGCCACCGCAGCAGAGAGGCCUGCCGCACCUGUCGCCGCAACAGCAGCAGCAGCAGCAGCACGGAGUGGGUAGACCAUCGGCCCCGCACAGCACACAGGUGCCAGGGCACCAUCACAUGGGGCGGCCGCCUUCACCGCAGCAUCACAUGCUGCACUCUCUGCCUCCUCCUCCUUCGCAGCAGCAGCACCAUCACCAGCAGCAGCAACAGCACCACCACCAGCAGCAGCAGCAGCAGCACCACCACGUGAUGCAUCGACCUCACCUGUCCCCGCAGCACGGCUCGCCGCCGGAACUCUCGCCGCAGUACCCUUCCCCGCAGGCACAGCCGCGCAUGCAGCAGUCGCCGAUUUCGCAGCAGCAGCAGCAGUCGCGCGUCACCCCCUCGCCACAGCAGCAGCAACAGCUUCAGCAUCAAAACGCCGUUGUACAGCAACAGCGAGGGCAGCUGCAGCAGCAGCAGCAGCAGCCACAGAACGUUUACUCGCGCAUGCAGCAGCAGUCGCCUCAGCAGCAGCAGCAGCAGCAACAGCAGCAGGGGCGGCCAAUGCAGCAGCAGCAGAGCGGUCGAACUCCUGCACAGUACCAGCUGCCGCCACAAGCAGCUGCUCAGCACCUGCAUGGGAUGGCUGGGCGAGGGGUCGGUGUCAAACCGCCGCCUCAACAGCAGCAGCCUCAGCAGCAGCAGCAGCAUCAGCAGCACCCUUCACCGAUGUCACCUCCUCAGCCUUCGCCACCAGCCUGGGCUCAGCGCUCUCCACAGCAGAGGUCGCAGCAGCAGCAACAACAGCAGCAGCAGCACCAGCAAAUGCCACCUUCCCCGCAGCAGCAGCAACAGCAGCAGCAUUUCCAGCAGCCGCCUGUGUCGUCAGCGCUGCGUUCGGUGCAGUCGCCCCCGCCGCCUCCGCCGCAGCCGGUGCCGGCGGCCGCGCAGUUUGCUGCUCCUGGUCAGAGGCAGCUCCUCCACCAGCCCAGGGCGCAGCAGGUCAUCCAGCACCACCAGACGGGGCCGCACCAGCCGCAGGCCGCCAGCAAGCCGGCCCACCCGGUGUCCGUGGCCGGCCACCCCUCGCCACAGGCGCAGUCUCCGCUGUCUCAGCCGCACCAGGUGCGCGCCAGCCCCGGUGGGCAACGCAUGAUGCCCCCGGGGGGCCUCCGCGCCGGCGGGCCGGAGCCGCUGGGCGCCCCGCGCGCCGCCUACCUGGGCGAGGAGGAGCGGCGCUCGCCGGCGCUCCGCUCCGACGCGCCCGCCGCCCACCUGCCACAGAUGCACCCCGGCGGCACGGACAGGGGCGAAGGACACAAGCCGCCCGGCAUGCACAAGCCCGAGCGGGAGCUGCAGGAGCGGGGGGGACCCGUUGCCAGCAUGCCCCCUGGACAGCCGCCCCCCCAGGCACUCAACCUGAACCGGCCCAAACAGCAGGACCCCAAAAUCUCCGUUGCUCCAAAAAAGCGAGGAGCGCCGUCCUGCCCACAACAGGACCUGCGGAUCAAGAACAUGGGCUCCUGGGCCAGCCUGGGCAAGGCUCCGGCCUCGUCGGGCAGCGGCGGCGCCAAGACCAGCAGCGACAGCUUCGAGCAGUUCCGGCGUGCGGCGCGGGAGAAGGAGGAGCGCGAGCGUGCUCUCAAGCUGCUGGAGGAGCAACGGCGCAUGCAGAUGGUGCAGGCGGAGCGCGAGCGGAUGCGCCUCGAGCAGGAGCGGCAGAGGGAGCGCGACGAGGAGGAGGCGCUUGAGCGGGCGCAGCGUGCGCAGGAGGAGGCGCUGCUUCGGAGGCAGCACGAGGAGCAGGUGGCGGCACAGGCGGCGCAGGCGGCGCAGGAGAUGGUGGCCCGCGAGCAGGCGGCGCAGCAGUCGGCGCAGGCGGCGCGCGACCGCGAGCUGGCGCGCAAGCGGGAGCAGGAGCGCCGGCGGAGAGAAGCGCUCACCGGGACCAUUGAUAUGAACCUUCAGAGCGACAUCAUGGCCAGCUUUGAAGAGAACCUCUUUUGAAGGAGCCCUUGCUGAACUGCUACAGAGUUAUACGACAGACUACAAUUAUUUUUUACUAUUCGGUGCGCCGUGUCGACCUCGUGUAAACAGGAAAGGGGGGUCCCUUUAACGGUCUGCAAUUUCCUAAACGCAACAAAACAAACUUGAGUGCUCGCGAGGACUCUGUUUGACCGUGUCAGGACGACAAGGUGAUUUUAACGUCCCCGAUCCCCUCUCACCCGCUGUCCGGUGUCCAGUCAUCGUUUAGCUUCGUCACUUAAGUUUAUGCUUCCACAUCGUAGAGGAGUUCACGUUCGUUGGGGGUUUUUGUUUCGGACGUGCGAGCACGUUGCGCGAAUGACACUUGUAAAUAUUUACGAAACGGUCACGCUAACCACACGGAGGGUCGGUCAUGGCCCCCCCCCCCCUCCUUCGUGCCAGCUGGAGAUCGCCGGCGUUGUUCGGCCAGUGGAAUCGUCGCCGCGAUGGUGGAAAUGAAGCGUUCUUCGCGUGUACAUUUGUGAACUUGCCUCGGGAGGGGUCGGAUGGCAUGGAAUGUUUUACAGUACAAGUGCUAUUUUACACGAUAGCUGUAGGGUAGAUGAUUUGUGUAUCCGUAAUUUCAUUUGAUGACAGUUUAUUUAUACAUUUCCUUUCAGACCAGGUUAACAAAUCUGUAAGCUUUCGUGACGGAUGCGUACUUCACGAUUUGAACUUUACCUAUCCGAGCUGCAUUUUGAUUAAAAAAAAAACCGGGAUGACCUGCAUUAAUGUAAAUCUCACUUGUUGGGCCACUGACAGUUAAGGAAUACACAACACCGUUGCUGUAUUGUGAACACGAACAGGUAUUUAUGGUGAGAGGACUAUUGCAUCCACCUGUUGAUAAUGGAUAGACUAUAUUAGUCGCGGAGGGAAAAAGCUAUUCACUCAUCCCCGUCCACCUUUUACACAGUAUAGAAGAAAUAAAGCGCGAAAGGUUCACAGUUUUUUUUUGUUCGCCGAAGAAGGAAAGAGACUGACGGGGGACGGCUUGAUAUUUUUGCGGUAUUUGAAAGCAUCGGAGCGGUUGCUGUCCACUGCAGCAGGGUGCUGAAUCCUGCACAUGUGAAUUUGUGGCAAACACUAUUGUAGAGCGGUUGUGCCUGCCAGUGGGGUGGGUGUGCGGCAGAAGAAGACUAAGAAGAAACGGCGGUGGUGGCGGCAGCGGUAGCGCGAACACAACACAAGGCGUAGAAAAUCUGUCAGCAUUGCAUCACUGUGUGUAUAUCAUGUAGUGCAAAACGUUGCCUUAGGCUUAGCUUGUCAUUUUAUCCGCGUAGGUUGGGUCACCGAGGGCUGGGAUUGUGUGUGUGUGCGUGCACGUGCCCACGCGCGCGUGCCCUGUUGUGAAAGCGCGCACGCGGUAGCUUAUGCACAAGGGUCGUGUGUGCAUUCACGCAUUUGUACAUGUAAAUAUACGCUUAGUUUCUGAGAUUAAUGUUGCGUUGUAUUGAGAUUAUAGGUAAAACAAAUAUCUACAAAAAACUAAAUGAGGGGGGGGGGGGGUGUGCGCCGUGAUGGCUCUACUCAAGAACACGGAGUUUUUAUUUUCCCCGCACUCGCCGAGUUUCAGCGUCAUUCAAGUCGUGCUGUACCCCGCAGCGCUCUCUGUUAACCCUCCUUCCUGAUGUGCCAUUGGCUGUCGACGCUGCGUUGCCGGCAAGCUUAUGCCGUCGCAAUCUCGGCCCGGUUCAAAGCAAGACGAGAACACAAGUGACAUUAUGCUAGAGAAAUGGGAUAAAAAAAACAUACAAGAAAAGUAUUUUGUUGAUUUUGGGGGGGGUGGGGGGGGGGGGUGAAAUUAUUUCCAUCGUACUCGACUAAACUGCCAUUUUGUGUAUAUUUUGUGUGUUCAACCUUGGAAUUACCAAGGCAUGUAAUGCAUUUAAAAAAAACUUGCUAGUGGCUUAUAUUGUUUUUAAAAAAAAUCCUUUUUUUUUCCCUUUCCAUUUUUGUUUUUUUAUAUAGAAUUACAGAAGACGACUGGCUUUCCAGUAAAUUGUACGUGCAAGUGUAUAUAUGUGUAUGUAUUUACAAAGGGAAUGUUUUACAAUUUGGCUGUGUUUUACUUGUGCCAGGGGGAAGCAGUCCAGGCCUCCGAGAACAGGAGGCAGGCGGCUGCCCUGCUUGUCGGUUCGUAUUUAAUGUCGGUGCGUUAAGGUGUUGGCUACGUGGCACAGCGAUUGUGGUGUUAAAUCUCAGUUACUGUUCAUGACUGGUUUCCCUGCCGGAAGUCCGAGAAGGAAAAUUGAUUUCGUGUAUUUUUUUGUUUCUCUCUCGCUCACAGUUUUAAGAUUUUAAAUGAUAUAAUUUUC